AAGAUAAGGUCAUUCAAUUUUCAAAAGGGAUAGAAGCUGAGGAAUAGGAGGUAGUGAGGAGUAGUGGUAGACUGGUAGUAGGAGUAAGAAAAAAGUUUGCAACAAUGGCUUCAACAACCUCAAGUGUUUCUCUGUCAUGGAGCAAUUCUUUCCAGAGCUUUGCAGGUGCCAUUAACGAACCUCAGAAAUUUCCAGAAAAUGGAAGAGUGGUUCUCCCAAUUGUGGCACAAAAGAAAACCAAGAAGAUUCGCAAGAUAAUUUUGAAGGAAGAUAUACCAGAUUUGGGGAAAAAGGGGCAGCUUUUGGAUGUAAGAGCUGGUUUUUACAGGAAUUUCUUGUUGCCUUCGGGAAAGGCACAGGUUGUCACCUCAUCGCUGAUUAAGGAGAUGAAGAUGGAGGAGGAGAGAAUUGAAGCUGAGAAGAGAAGGGUAAAAGAAGAGGCACAGCAGCUAGCUCGUUUGUUUGAAACUGUUGGAGCUUUCAAGGUUAAACGCAAAGGUGGUAAAGGAAAACAAAUAUUUGGAAGUGUGACUGCUCAAGAUCUUGUUGACAUUAUUAAGGCACAGCUUCAAAGGGAUGUGGAUAAAAAAAUUGUUUUCCUCCCUGAGAUCAGGGAAACUGGGGAGUAUAUAGCAGAAUUAAAGCUGCAUCCAGAAGUUACUGCUCAGAUUCGUGUGACUGUGUUUGCCAACUAACAUAAAGUUGCCUGCAGAGUAUUGUAUCAUACAACCUUGCAUUUUGAUUUCAUUCCAAGGAGAGAUACAGCUGUUGUUUCAAACUGUAGAUGCUCAUAUAAUGCACCAAGCAUUGUAACUUGUAUGUGUUUAGAUCCUUUAGCAUAGCCAAUUCUGUUGUUCUGUUACUCCUCUUUUUCCAUAAUAAUUAAUUUUUCUUUUUCUGUAUGUUCAUGCUCUCUACUUCCCUUUUGCUGCAAAAUUUUACAUUCUAUUGGCUUUUCGAAAAUAAAUUUUUUUGAGACAUGACAUGUAUUAUUAGCUACAAUUCCUACAGAUAUUUCUAUAGAGCAAGUAACCCACCUUUAAGCU